AUGGAAACAAAUGUCAAGAAAAAGAAUGUGAACAAAGCCUGUAACACUCUGCCAAGUGCUGGAGAGGCACUUGCUAGUGUCUCUAGCAUCUUGCCUUCAGAGAAGGUUUCACCAUCUAAAGUGUCAGAUCUUCCCAGAAUUUUGCCCAAAGUAGUACCUCUAGAAGUUGGAUCCCAGAAAAGGUGACCAGGCACUGCAAUAAUGUCAAAACGGUCAGACUCUUCAAAUAUGUCUCUGACGCCACUGAAUCUGCCCGUCAUCCCACCAAGAAGACCUUGCUUCAGGGUAUGCUAUAUCUGUGGCAGAGAAUUUGGGUCAGAGUCUAUUUCUAUACAUGAACCCCAGUGCCUAGAGAAGUGGCGUAUUGAAAAUGAUCAGCUACCAAGGCAUCUCAGAAGAGUGGAGCCCAGGAAACCUGAGGUCCUUACUGGUGGUUCCUGUACGCUUACUGAAAAAGAGGCAGCUUAUCAGAGUGCUCAAGCCCAGCUCCUGCCCUGUGGAAACUGUGGCCGAACCUUUCUUCCUGACCGUCUCAUUGUGCACCAAAAUUGUUGCAGAGGAGGUGGCAGCAGUGUGGGGCUGUCAAGCUCUAUCCCCCAUAAAUCUGGUAAAGGCCCAAGCUCUGGCUCUGACUCAGCAAAUGAUGAUCCUUCAAAGGCCCAUCAAGGAAAAAGCAGGGCUGCACCAGCAGUAUUAGACAAGGCACAAGUGAUAAGACGGCCACGAGCAGUGAUUUGUUACAUAUGUGGCCGUAAGUAUGGAACAAAAUCUAUUAGUAUCCAUGAGCCACAAUGCCUGAAAAACUGGCACCAGGAGAAUGACAUGCUACCCAAGCACUUGAAAAGGCCAGAGCCCAAAAAGCCUGAAGUCAGUCCCAUACAAGCCAAAGGUUUCUAUGAUCUUGAUUCUUUAAAUGAGGCUGCCUGGAUCAGUGCCCAGAACCAGCUAGUUCCAUGUGAUAUUUGUGGGCGUACUUUUCUUCCAGACAGACUGAUCGUCCACCAGCUGUCCUGUAAACCAAAGAAACCAAGUAGCUCCUUUGAGUUUGUUCUAUUGGGAUUUUUUUUGUGUCCACGUCCAUCUUUGGCACAAGACUAUUCAUUGACUCCCACUCAGAGCUUAAAUCCAUGGAGCACUCCAGUGUUCACAUCUUUGUGGGACAGUGCAGCUCAUGAAGCCCUUGACUACUAG